AUGGCUACCUGGCCUCCAGAGGAAUUCGUCUGUUCGGUGUGUUUGGAAGUCCUGCGUGACCCUGCAACACUUCCCUGUGGACAUACCUACUGUCUAUUAUGCAUCCAGAAGCACUGGGACCAAGGGACAUCCAAGGGCGAGUGCUAUUGUCCCCAGUGCAGGCAGGUCUUCAACCCCAGGCCAACUCUGGCUCGGAGCACUGUGUUGAUGGAAGCCAUGGAGAAGCUGAGAGUGAGGGGAAAUGAUAGACCUCCUUCCCCUGUUUAUCUCACCGUCACCCCUUCUCCUCCCGUGUCUGUUCCUCUCGGUCCUCCUCCAGUGCCUGUCCGGCCUGAUUUGGCGGGUGGUGCUGAAGGAAGUACCUCAGAACAGUGUAGUUUGUAUCCCCAGUUACCUGUCAGCUCAACCAAGCUGUGCCCACUACACCAGCAGGUGCUGGAACUGUACUGCUGCAAUGAUAAGGAGCAUGUAUGUGAUGACUGCAGCCUACUUGGACACAAGGGUCAUCAGGUUGUCCGUCCAGAGGAGGAGAAGGCAGAGAAACAGCAAGAGCUUGUUCAGAUGCAAGCAACAAUACAAAAGAGUAUUCAGGACAGGGAGAAAAUCAUUCAGUUAUUACCUCAAGCUACACAGGCUUACAAGAACUCUAUGCAGGAGCUCCAGAGAGAAAAUAGAGAGCUAUUUGCUGAAUUGGUGAAAAGUCUGGCAUUGAUGGGCACCCAGGUGGAGGAACUCCUCAAUGUUCAUGAGGUGUCUGCAUGUACUCGUGCUGAGGGUCACAGCCAUGGACUUCGGCAGGAGAUCACGCAGCUACGGAGGCAGGAGGAGAUGCUGAAAGGGGUUGCUGGCAUGGAGGACUCAAUUAGCUUCCUGAAUGCUUUCUUCGGCAUAGCUCCCAUUGGUCAAGUUGGCGGUUCAGACUGGGGAAGUCCGUACCCUGUGUCGGUAAUACCUGGAGUGAGAGCAGCUAUGGGGGAAUUUAGAGAGGGGCUGCAGAACUUCUGCAGAGCACACCUAGCCAACAUGUUCAGGGCAGUGAAUGAUGCCACACCAGCAGCAGUGCCUAGUGAUCAGGCAUCCGCAGCAGAAUCAGCUUCUCUUAGCCCACAGACUCCCAAAGCUCAGACAUCACAAAGCUCAGUUCAAGUCAGAUCCAAACAGCCCCUAGAACCCAAAACCAGAGAAGAGAUGCUGAAAUUCCGCUUUGAGCCCACGCUGGAUGGAAAGACAGCGUUCCGUCAAAUCAAGCUGUCUGAUGGAGAUCGCAAAGCCACCUUCCGGGCCGAGAAUCAGAACUAUCCUGAGAAUCCUGAACGCUUCCUCUUCUGGAGACAGAUACUUUGCUUGGAACCUCUGGCUGGAAGCCCCUAUUACUGGGAGGUAGAAUGGACUGGACAGAAGGUGACAGUCGGUGUGACCUACAAAGACAUAGCACGAACACCGUCAGAUGACAGCUCCAGACUUGGCCAUAAUGAGCAGUCCUGGACCCUGUAUUGGACUGGGUCGGUCUUCUCCUUUUGGCAUGCUGGGAAAGAGACGCAGCUGAGUGGACCCAAAGCCCGGAGGAUCGGGGUCUACCUGGACCAACAGGAAGGCGUUCUUGCCUUCUACAGGGUUUCCCAUGGUCAUGCUGACCUUAUCCACUCCAUUUGUACAGACUUCACCGGGGCUCUCUUCCCUGGAUUCCGCUUUUGGUCUGGUGUGGGCUCCACCAUCACCAUCUGCCAGCUGGACUAG